AGUGCUUCAUCUUUCUUUCUUUCUCUCUCUGAAUUUUCUUCCUUAUUCCUUUUAUAUAUUGCCAUUUCGAACUCUUUUUUUGCCUUCACCGGAAAAGUUUUUCUCUCCAGGAUUGAUGUCGGAAAAGGGUCGGCCACUGCCAAAAUUUGGUGAAUGGGAUGUCAAUGAUCCUGCCUCAGCUGAAGGAUUCACCGUGAUAUUUAACAAGGCUAGGGAUGAGAAAAAGACAGGUGGCAAACCUGAGUCGCCUGGAAAGGCUGAUCCUCAAAGCAGGCCCGCAGUAGAACCUGCCAAAACGCAGAGUAAAAAAUGGUUCUGCUGCAUGCAACCUCCUGCAGAGUCAUAGCAACAAUGGUUGCCCUGGUGUAAAAGCGGUGAACAGAAGAAAAAUUUGUGUAACUAGUUCCACCCCUAAAUUAUCUCGAAGACAUAGGAGCUUUAGAUGAAUUCUGCAGGGGGUUUGAAGAUUAUUUGCCAUAGUACUGAGUUGCAGUUUGGGGGUGUGCAAAGAAGACAGACUAUUAUUAUUUGUAUCUAUGUGUAUUAAUGUUGUGGUUUAUUGUUAGAAUCGCAGAUUGCUUACUGUUUCGCCUCGUCCUUUGUUAUGAACUAUAGAGAACCCUGUCGGGCACCUCGUAUUGUUGGACCAUGGACCGAGGUCCUGCUUUAUUUUAUGAACUGAUUUUAUUCCCUUGGUUUUAUUGCCUGGAUAAAGCUUAGAAUUUGAUA